UACUUUUAGCCGCAGCAGACUUAUAGUUUUUAAGUUAUUUGUUGUUAAAGUUAGUAAAUUGAACUAACCUCUCGACGCUAUUUCACACAAUAAACACUUUAUUUAUGUACACACUUCGGCAAAAUAGUUGCAUUAAAAGCCCGCACAAUGAAAUGUAAACAUAUUUUUUAAAUUUAUAAUGUAUUUUUACUAAAUUAAGUAAGUUUUAACAAUUAUCACGCACUUAUAUAUGUAUACGCACAUUGUGAAUACAGAACUGUUGAUUCAACCAUGGUUUCACACUGACAUUAGAAGGGUGCUGCCACAUCUAACAAAAUAACAAUAAAAGGUAAUAGUUUUUAUCGUACCCGUUUUCCUGUUCAGCGUUGAAUUUGUAGUAAAGGAGGGUUUGGGGUCAUAUUCCCCAUUAAAACUUUGGCAUAAGUAAAGUUAUGUCACACAGAAAGGAGAAUUCUACGUAGUAAGGGUUAUAAUCCCUAAGCGCGGCCGAAGGCCGCCUACGCAGAAAAGUGUUCUGCGCAAAAGUACUGUGGCUGGUGUAGCUGGCUCAUGUUCUUUUAUUAAUUUUUUACUGACAUUUGUAACCCCCUUUUAAUGGGUGCCACUGCCAAAGGCAUAUUACUGUUUUUAAAAAGUACCGUUGUUUUUUAAAUCUGUUUUGGUACUAUUUUCUUAAUUCUUGUGUUCUUAUCUCAACAGUUGGGUGAAUUAAGCGCGUUUUUAAAUACUGUAAUUAAUAUUUUGAUUUAAAUUUUAGAAAUGAGUGAGAUACAAGCUGGUAUGUUUUUCUUUCUUUUUUUAUGUUCAUACACAGAUAUAAUUACUAUUAUAUUUAUAGAUUUUGAUGUACCUUCCACCAGCCGUGGUGUUAGUGCGCGGAAUGCCAAUGUGCUGACCGUGGCUGAAGUAGAAAAUAUGUGGAACCUAGUCAAAAUUUAUAAAAGAUUGGAUACGCGGGAGAAGUGUAUUGAAUUUGCCGAGGAACAGGGCCUUAUAUUACGUAACAAGUUGUGUCGCAUCCAUAAGGCACCGAUGCUUGUGUCAACCGCGGGAAACAAUACCGUCGGCCUUUUCCGAUGCCGCAAAGGGAUCUGCCGUUCUAGGGCUGCCACUUCAAGGGCCGCUGGGACGUGGUUUGAAAAUGCGAAGAUAUCGCUUCCACAUAUUUUUUAUCUUAUGUAUACAUAUGCUUCGCACUGGCCGCAGGCUCUCGUCAGGAAGGAGAAUUUUAUCGAGGGAUCCAUUUUAUCCAGCGCUACCAUCUGCGAUUGGUACAACUAUUGCCGUGAGGCAGUAGUAUUGUACGAAAUUGAUCAGCAGGAAGUUUUGGGGAAAAUUGGGGGCCCCGGUAAAAUUGUCCAAAUUGACGAGAGUAAGUUUGGAAAGCGAAAAUACAAUAAAGGCAGGAGAGUGGAAGGGCAUUGGGUCCUUGGAAUGCUGGAGGACGGCAGCGAGGAUAUUCGCUUGGAAGUGUGCCCUGAGAACAUUCGGUCGGCUGAGGUGCUCAUACCUCUGAUUAAGAAGCAUGUACUCGAAGGCAGCAUUAUUUGUACGGAUUAUUGGAAGGCGUAUGAUUGCCUUCCUAAUCACGGGUAUGAGCACCGGAAAGUUAACCACAGCGAUCCCGAUAAUCCCUUUGUAGCAGAAGACGGUACACAUACGCAACGGAUUGAGUCGCAAUGGCGUGUAUUAAAAAGAUUUUUUACAAAGGAUAACUAUAAUAAUCCACAAAACUUUGCGGAUAUGAUGUUUGAGUACAUGUGGAGGAAAAAAAUCGCCCGAAAACAUGAGGAUCCUUUUGUAAAAAUAAUUGAAGCGGUGAAAUAUACAUAUAAACCAUAAUAUUGUGUAUUUUUCCUUUUGCCUGCGGUGUUUUUUUAAACCAU